AUGUUCGCCUUCAUACAGAAAUGUCGACGGCCUCCGGAAACGAACCAUGAAGUCAUCAUCGGCGCCCCCAGCAAGCGAUCCGCCAACAACAAGCUCAACACCACCAAGUACAACGCGUUCGACUUUGUGCCCCGAUUCUUGGUGGCCAAGUUCCUCGAGCCGACCAACGCCUUUUUCCUCGUGCUCACCCUUGUAAAGUUGUUGCCCGAGGUCUCGGCAGUUCCGUGGCAUUCCUCCGGAGUCCCGUUGAUCAUCAUCAUCCUCGUCAACGCGUUCACUGAAAUUUACGAGGAUUUGAUCCGUCGCUUUGCCGAUACACGAUUGAACAAUACGGAGCUCGAGGAAGGCCACAUUGUGCGACUGACAAAAGGCGACAUGGUGCCGGCCGAUUUGCUGAUUUUAAGCUCUUCGGAACCGGGCGGAGAUGUCUACAUGGAAACGGCGAAUCUCGACGGCGAGGCCAAUCUGAAAGUCCGACAAGCGCCCGCCGAGACGAUGGGUGUACAUUCAGAAGAACGAGUUAAGGUCCGCUCAUUCGCCAUGAUCCCGAACCUUGGAUUGGUGAAGUACGUGAUGUCGGACAAGACGGGCACGCUCACCACCAAUCGGAUGAACUUCAAGUUUUGCUCGAUUGGAGGAAAAAGCUACGGCGUCGCGUCGGAAUCACCGGAAUUUGAUGGGCGCAAAAUGGUGCGCGAGCUGCGUACCAAUAACAAGGAUGGCGAGUCUCGCACCUACACCAUCCUGGCCCUCAUCGAGUUCACGUCAGCGCGGAAACGGAUGGGCUGUUUGGUUCGGACGCCGCAGGGGCGCCUCAAGUUUUUCAUCAAGGGCGCUGACGCCAAAAUCCUGCCCACGCUGAGUCGAGCCAGCGACCCGGAAAUUGAGAAAAUGACGAAGGAGCACCUCAAAAAUUUUGCCAACCUUGGCUAUCGCACCCUAUGCUUUGGAUAUCGUGACGUCACCGAGGAGGAAUAUCUGACCUGGGCCGACGAGUGGAACAAGGCCAACUGCGACCUGCAGAACCGCGAGAAGAUGAUCGAGGAGGUGGCGGCAAAAAUGGAGCACGAGAUCCUUCUGCUUGGCGCCUCCGCCAUUGAGGAUAAGCUGCAGGACCGAGUCCCCGAAACGAUCGCCCGUAUGCUGCAGGCCGAAAUGAAGGUCUGGGUGCUGACUGGGGAUAAACUCGAAACGGCGAUCAAUAUCGGUCACUCUUGCUCCCUUCUCUCCCAGGAUACCCCAAAAAUCAUCCUCGACCGAAACACGGAAGCGGAAACAGAGGCCCUCCUCGACAGCUAUGUCGGGAUGGUGGGCGAGCGGAUGCUUGAUGCGAAAAACGCGCAAUUGGCGUUGAUUGUUGAUGCACAGUGCUUGGACUGGGUUAUGGGGUCGUCGACGAUGCGCAUGGACUUUUUGCGGAUUGCCCUCUGCUGCUCGGCCGUCAUUUGCUGUCGGUGUACACCAUUUCAAAAAGCCGCGGUGACGCGCCUCGUCCGCAACAACGUAGAUGGUCUCGUGCUGUCGGUAGGCGAUGGGGCUAAUGAUGUGGCUAUGAUUCAGGAAGCCGAUAUUGGUGUGGGGAUCACGGGCGUUGAGGGCAGCCAAGCUGCCAAUGCCUCCGAUUUUGCUAUCUCACAGUUCCACCACCUGGAUCGACUGCUGUUUGUACACGGAACAACGUGCUUUCACCGGAUCUCGACCGUCGUGCUCUUCUCGCUCUAUAAGAAUCUCAUCGAGGUUUCACUGAAUAUGUUCUACGGCUUCGACAAUGGCAAUUCGGACAACCCGGUGGCCGACGAGUCGACGAUGGUCCGCUACAACCUCAUCUACACCUGUUGGAUUGUCGGCAUUCUGGGCAUCUUUGACAACCCGGUCCCGUUGGAUGUGUUGGGAAAGUACCCGCUCCUCUACACGCAUUUCCAGGACAACCUCACCAACUUGAGCCACAUGAUCUGGUCGGCGAACGCGAUGCUCCACGGUGCCAUGCUGUACUAUGCGUAUCGGAUCUGGUGGCGCGAUGGGGGAGUGAUGUUCCCGAGUGGCCGUGACGGUUGGGGCCAGAUGGGUGGCUCGUGGCUGUAUUCGUGUAUGGUUUUCGUGGUGAGCCUGAAGUCGGUCCUCGAGAGCCUCUCUAUCACUGUGCUAACGGCCCUCGGCUGCUUGAGCUCGAUUAUUGGCGUGGCGGCGAUGAUGGUCGUCGACUCGUACCUGUUCCCCUACUUUAUCGCGCCCAUCAUUGGCCCCAAUCGGGCCCAUUACUUGGGCCUCAUCUACACCCUGCCGUCCCCCCAAACGGGCCUCUUCCUGCUGUUCAUCUGCGUCGCGUGCCUGCUGCCCGACUUGGCCGUCAAAGCCCUCUACCGUACCCUCUACCCCUCCAUCCUCCACCGUGUCAUCCAGUCAUUGGCAAAGAAAGAUACCGUACUCGACACGUUCCGCCAGCCGAUGAUCCUCCUUGCCGACGUCGUCGGGCUGAAGCAGGAGCUGGAGAGUGGAAAGUACGGCUUCAUGUUCGCCCAGGAUGACGGGAGAGUGAUCUCGCAGGGAGAUCUUCUGAAAAUGUAUGGCGCCCCGGACUGUCGCUCGUCCAGAAGACAGAACCAAAAUAAACCCGCCGCCGAGCACCAUCUGGUCGAGCAGAGCCCCGUCUCGUCCACGAAAUCCCUCAACUCGCGCAACCCCCGGCAUGUCAAAUGGGCAUCACACCCCACCGCCGAGCCGAUCAUCACUGAAGAGCCGGUCGUUGCCAAGCCGAAUGAUGAACACAAAUCAAGCCCUAGCUGUGAGGACACCCAGGUGGCCACUAUGGAAUUGCCGCCCGGCGUCGACGGCCCC